CGUGCUGCGCCGCUGUUCUGAGGCGCUGAGGGGAGAGGCGCCGCCGCCAGCGCCGCCGCAGGGACCCGUUAAGCGGAAGCGCUGCUGUCGCCGCCGCCGCCACCGCCUUCGGUGUCCCGGGGCCCCUAGUUCCCGGCGCGGGGGAGGCGGGAGCCAUGUCGAAGCGGCUUCGGAGCAGCGAGGUGUGCGCUGACUGCAGCGGGCCGGAUCCUUCCUGGGCAUCAGUAAAUAGGGGGACUUUCAUAUGUGAUGAGUGCUGCAGUGUCCAUCGGAGUCUGGGACGCCACAUCUCUCAAGUCAGACAUCUUAAACACACACCAUGGCCUCCAACAUUGCUUCAGAUGGUUGAAACCUUGUAUAAUAAUGGUGCUAAUUCUAUAUGGGAGCAUUCAUUGCUGGACCCUGCCUCUAUUAUGAGUGGAAGACGUAAAGCUAAUCCACAGGAUAAAGUACAUCCCAAUAAAGCAGAAUUCAUCAGAGCCAAGUAUCAGAUGUUAGCAUUUGUGCAUCGCUUGCCCUGCCGAGAUGACGAUAGCGUGACUGCCAAAGAUCUUAGUAAGCAACUCCAUUCAAGUGUGAGAACAGGUAAUCUUGAAACCUGUUUGAGGCUGUUAUCUUUAGGAGCACAAGCCAACUUCUUUCACCCUGAAAAAGGAAAUACCCCACUCCAUGUUGCCUCCAAAGCAGGGCAGAUUUUACAGGCUGAAUUAUUGUCAGUAUAUGGAGCAGACCCAGGCACGCAAGAUUCCAGUGGGAAAACUCCUGUCGAUUAUGCCAGGCAAGGAGGGCACCAUGAGCUGGCAGAACGCCUGGUAGAAAUACAGUAUGAGCUGACUGACAGACUAGCCUUUUAUCUCUGUGGCAGGAAACCUGAUCACAAAAAUGGACAGCACUUUAUAAUACCUCAAAUGGCAGACAGCAGCCUGGAUUUGUCUGAAUUGGCAAAAGCUGCCAAGAAGAAACUUCAAUCUCUAAGUAAUCACUUGUUUGAAGAACUUGCCAUGGAUGUGUACGAUGAAGUUGACAGGCGAGAGACUGAUGCAGUCUGGCUUGCCACUCAAAACCACAGCACCCUCGUAACCGAGACAACCGUCGUUCCCUUCCUUCCAGUCAAUCCCGAGUACUCGUCAACGCGAAACCAGGGCAGACAGAAAUUAGCUCGGUUUAAUGCCCAUGAGUUUGCCACCCUGGUUAUCGACAUUCUCAGUGAUGCCAAGAGGAGACAGCAGGGCAGUCCUCUCUCUUGUUCAAAAGACAAUGUGGAGCUCAUUCUGAAAACAAUCAAUAACCAGCACAGUAUUGAGAGUCAAGACAAUGACCAGCCGGACUAUGACAGUGUGGCAUCGGAUGAAGACACAGACUUGGAAACCACUGCAAGCAAGGCAAACAGGCAGAAGAGUCUAGAUUCAGAUUUAUCAGAUGGACCAGUCACUGUACAGGAGUUUAUGGUGGUCAAAAACGCGCUAGUGGCUUCUGAGGCCAAGAUACAACAGCUAAUGAAGGUGAAUAACAACUUGAGUGACGAGCUGAGAAUUAUGCAGAAAAAGCUUCAAACACUCCAGAGUGAAAAUUCGAACCUCAGGAAACAGGCCACAACCAAUAUAUAUCAGGUGCAAACUGGUUCUGAGUACACAGACACUUCCAACCUCUCUUCCUUAAAACGACGUCCGUCUGCCCGAGGCAGUAGGCCUAUGUCCAUGUACGAGACGGGAUCAGGUCAGAAACCUUAUCUCCCAAUGGGAGAAGCGAACCACCCUGAAGAGAGCAGGACGAGACUCCAGCCUUUCCCCAUGCACAUCGGGAGGAGUGCGCUUGUGACCUCCUCUUCAUCUCUGCCUUCCUUCCCCUCCACACUUUCCUGGUCGAGGGACGAAAGCGCCCGAAGGGCAUCCAGAUUGGAGAAGCAGAACAGCACACCUGAAAGUGACUAUGACAACACUCCCAAUGACACGGAACCAGAUGACAUGGGGUCAAGCAAAAAGGGAAGGCAGAGGAGUAUGGUGUGGCAAGGUGACGGCUCAGGACCAGAUACAGCAGAACCCCAUGCCGCUCCAAGCCCCACCCUCCCCAGCACUGAAGACGUCAUCCGGAAGACUGAACAGAUAACCAAAAAUAUACAGGAGCUCUUAAGAGCAGCCCAAGAAAAUAAACAUGACAGUUAUAGUCCCUGCUCAGAGAGGAUACAUGUAGCUGUUACGGAAAUGGCAGCAUUAUUCCCCAAAAAACCCAAGUCUGAUAUGGUGCGGACUUCCCUGCGUUUACUGAGCUCCAGUGCCUCUCGCCUCCAGUCAGAGUGUAAGAAGGCCCUCCCGGGGGGCCCCAGCUCCCCCACGGACAUUCAGCUGGUCACGCAGCAGGUCAUCCAGUGUGCGUACGACAUCGCCAAGGCUGCCAAACAGCUGGUCACCAUCACCACCAAAGAGAACAACAACUGAAUAGCCAAGGAUCUUCCCUUCCAUUUUCUAGACUUUUUGAAGUCCCAUUUCAAAUUUAGACAUGGAACUUUUCAGAUUUUUACCAAAACAAACAUUUAAUGACAGUUUAAAACUUUUUAAAAGAGAGCUCAGUAUUAUUUUUGCAUGUUUUCUAACAAAUUUUCAAUUAUUAAUUUAACCCACUUGCCUUAUUUUGUGCCUGUUUGCUGGUUUCGUUUCUGGUUUCCUGUUGGGCUGUCGGUAACUUUUGAGUUAAUGGUCGUAUACAUCCAAAAGCAUAGCUUCACUGUUUUCAGUUUCUUAGAACUUUUUUGUCCCUUAAAACUCUGUGCCUUUGGUUAAAACUAUGAUUUUUCAGUAAAACAUUCUCUUGAGAGAGUUGGAUUAAAACAAAAAUUAACAUUAUCUGUUCCCUACCAAGCGUUGUGCAAUAAGAGAAUUUUCCACCCUACUGCAAAAUCUCUUACAUUUGGGGUAUCUCUAAGCAUUUAUGUAGAGAAAGGACCUUGCCACCUUCUAAAAAUAAUGUUAUAAUCUUGGAAGGAAACAGUGAAUUGCUCUGUUUCUUUCAACUGCUUUAUCAUGUUAAAUGUUCUUUUAUUUAAAUUUUUAAUCUUGAUCUUUUUUUUUUUCUUUAUUUUUUACUAUCACCCUGAAGUCUCCAGAGAGUCAGAUGAAGUAUUUGUCCUUAACCUGGUGUCUCUUUUGACCAUGUUCAGGGUAGGCGACCACCCACAGUGCCACACUUGGUCAAGUGCUCUGCCUUACCACUGUAAGCCAGAAAUUUUAUUCCAAACAUGCAGCGAAGAGGAGCAUCAGUCUAACAAGCCAGAACUAAUUUUGUACUAUCCAUUCAGACAUCACUGCCAUGAACUAUGGGGAAAAGAAAUAAUUACUCUCUGACAUUGUAUUGCACUUUUCAUCCCAAACUCAGCUGUUCCUUUAACCACAUAAAGUUUUCUCAUGUGAACUGCUUCGCAUUUUACAUCACCUUCAAAGACUUGUUAGACGGUAGGAUUUAUACAGUCAUCUGAGUUAGUUUCUCCUCCAUCAGCUCCCUGGUACUUAAAAAUUAGAUGUCAAUUUUUAGAAAUUCCUUAGGAAGGUAUGCUCUAGCUGACUACCAGCUAUUCUAUUCCAAAGCUACAAAAAGAAUAUAAGUUAAAGUUCUGGAACAUGCUGAGAUUACUUUUUAAAUUACUAAAAAGACCUCUCUUGUUGUGAAACAUAUUCUUUCCGUGCUUAUUGCAGCAGUCUUGAAUGGGUGUGGUUAAGGUGCUGACCUAGACCAGAGGGGGCCAAGCCGUAGUGCAGGGGAUGUGGAUGGGUGAAGGCAGCCAGGGGCAAAGGUUGGGGGUGGGGGAGAGUGCUGGGGAGCACUGGCCUACCCGCCCGGGGCAGUAGCUCUCUAGCUCCGUCCACAUUGCCAUGAGGGAAAGUGUGCCCAGAGUUGCCAGAGCCUUGGUUUUUCAAGGGACACCAGAAAUCUGGAUGUUUCAUGUGUCAUCUCUCCACUUUUAAAUGGCAACUAAGACAAACAUUGUAAUUGGACACACAUGUGGGUGAGUCGUGGCCUCUGGGUCACCAGCUUGUAACCUCUGCCACAGCCAUAACUUUGCUGCCUGAGGGCCUGGUCACGCCUGGCUUAGCCUCUGCACCUUCCCUGUAAUGUAGCCGCCUACCGUGGGUUAAGUUGCUGUUUGUCUUUUUAGCCAUAUAUAGUGGAUUUUCACACAUGUGAAGAAGUCAGAGUUAUCAAAGUAUAAGUUGUCUACAUAUGUACUAAAUUAGCCUCUAUUUUCACAGAACUGUUUGAUUCAUAAACAACUUUUUAGCUUGACCGUAUGCUGUCAUGAAAAGUGCACCAUGAUGGUGUGUGUUUGGUUUACGAAGUCUGGUUUGUGGACAGCUUUUGUCGGAUGUUACUGUACUGCCAGUAGCACGGGGAAAAGAGUUCACAUCUCCAAAAGGCUCAUCCCACUUGUCAGUCUGCACAACCCUAAGUGCCAUGGUAUUGGUGGAUGCUGAGGUGAAGCCGCAGUUGUAACUGCCUUCUAGAAGGCGUCCUCUACCUUAUGUUCAAGCACUGUCCAGUAGCCUUUUUUGUGAGCUUUGUGUAGUUAGCUGUCUUUCCUCUUUCUUGUAUACACCUGUCCCUCCUGCUGGGCCUCCCAGGUUCCUUGGGAAAGGCCCAGUGGCAUUCCUGAGUUGGCACCCUUGGUCUCCCAGGGAGGAUGGGCUCCUGUGGGGGCUUCUGAGAGAUGAUGAGUUUUCUGCGUUAGGUGAAAUGGUGUCUUCACUUGAACGCUCAAGGACCUGUGACACAGGACAUUGUUCUUAUCCCCCUAGAGAAAGUCAAGGAGCACGGGGACCAGCAAAGCAUUUCUAAUUGUAAGAAUACCACAGAGAGUUUGCUCUGUAACCCACAGAGGCAAAACUCCAAAAUGAAGCUCCCAGAUGGAAUAGCGUCCAGUGACAGGAGGGGCUGCGUGUCCUCGUUAAGAGCCCUAUACACUUCCUUCACCUGAUUUGAGGUUCUGCAUCAGAGGUUCUGUCGUCCUGUUAGCAAAUUGCACCUUGUCUAAACGGGUGUUCUGGCCACCUUUUGCACAUGAAUUCCAUAGCCUUGCACUAGUAAUGCCUGUGUUCUAUAAUGUCAGUUUUUACCCUUUGUUCUCAAAUACACCGCCCCACCCCCAGGCUAAUAGGACAGAGGUGCACUUUAUGAAACUGGCACUUGCUGAACAGAAGGUAACAGUUCUACCCCUGAGGUUCUGAAAUCAUCUGCCUCGGAAAUGCAAAUAGUUCUUAUUUGCCAAAGAACAAUGGUUUGGGCCCAAAGAUCAAAUUCAGCAUUUUAUAAAAUUGAGACUAUACACGCACAACUCAGGAGCUGUUAUAUAAUUCCUUAAGUGAUUUAAAUUGCAGAACCAAGAGUGAAACUAGCAUGUUUUUGUCCUCAACAGCAUCCGUGAGCUUUCCAGUAAUGUAAUUUUCUUUUCUUGUCCUGGUUGAAGGUAACCCUUGUUUUAACAAAAGACAAAUAUGCUGCAUAGGAAAAAAAUGAAAUGCCUUUUAUUCAAAUGUGUUUUGUCCAUGUCACUCAUUCUGUACUUAUUUUUCAUUUUUAUUGUACAUUCUAUUCCUGUAAUUAUUGUACAACCCUUUGAGUGUUGUAAAAUUGUUUUGGAAUUUGUGCCUGCUAGUUAUGCAAUAAACAGGCUCUAUACAUGU